AUGCAGGAGCAUCAACCAGGUCCCAUUGGUGGUCAGACAGGCCCGAGCAAUGGCCUCGGUCGCUUUGGUCACGCGUCCAAACCCUCCACGAGCGACACUGGUUUCUCUCACGGUGCCUUCACCUCGAACGUUUCUGGCUUUGCCGACAGGCACCCGCGCCGUGGGAACAUCCCCACGAUCAACACCCAGAAUGUCCAGCAGCAGACUCUGAACCCGACUGUUGCCGACAUGACCACUCCCGGCUCUGGCUUCGACAUGCAAUUCACUCCUCUGCUUCCUUCUCAGCUGCUCCUCGGCAGCCCCUUCCAGCCGGGUACCCCUGCUGCCUUUGCCGGCGGUCAGUUCCAGGGCAUGGGUGCUUAUCCGCAGGCUCAGCAGAACAGCCAGCACCAGCAUCAGCAGCAGCAGCAGCAGCAGCAGCAGCAGAACGGUCUUGCCAGCCCUGUCCAGCAGCCCAUGUCGCCUGGUGGCUAUCAGGCGAUGGUCUCGCCUUCGACGUAUGGGGCGCCCCAAUUUUUCGCCCCUCAGUCUCCUACUACGGCGUAUGGCAACAUGGGUGGGCAGAUGCAGAUGCAGAUGAACCCCGGUUCUCCUGUGGCCAUGAGCCCUGUUGGCAGCGGAUCCAGCCGUACGGUCUACUUGGGAAACAUUCCUCAGGACACGCCGGCGGAGGAGAUACUGAGCCAUGUGCGCAGUGGGCAGAUCGAGUCCGUCAGGCUGCUCCCUGAUAAGAACUGCGCCUUCAUCUCCUUCCUGGACGCCGGUUCCGCCACCCACUUCCACUCUGAUGCCAUCUUGAAAAAGCUCUGCAUCAAGGGACAGGAUAUCAAGGUCGGCUGGGGCAAGCCGUCUCAGGUGCCUACUUCUGUCGCCCUCGCCGUGCAGCAGUCUGGUGCCUCUCGAAACGUCUACCUCGGAAACCUGCCCGAGGAGGUCACGGAGGAGGAGAUCAGAGAAGACCUGGGCAAAUUCGGUGCCAUAGACACCGUAAAGAUUGUCCGGGAGAAGAGCAUCGCCUUCAUCCACUUUCUCUCCAUUGCCAACGCUAUCAAGGCGGUCUCUCAGCUUCCCCAGGAGGCCAAGUGGCAGGCCCCGCGGCGUGUGUACUAUGGCAAGGAUAGGUGCGCCUAUGUCUCGAAGACGCAGCAGCAGAACGCAGCGCAGUAUCUCGGCAUUGCUCCUGGCUAUGCGCACAUGCUGACUGGCGCCGACCGUGAUGUGAUCUCCAGUGCCCUGGCACAGCAGUCUGUCGCUGCUGCUGCUGUCGCCACUACUGCUGGUGGCAUCAACAACCUUGGAAACCGGACUAUUUACCUGGGCAAUAUCCACCCCGAGACAACCAUCGAGGAGAUCUGCAACGUUGUGCGAGGUGGCCUGUUGCACCACAUUCGUUACAUUCCGGACAAGCACAUCUGCUUCGUCACCUUCAUCGACCCUACCGCGGCGGCCUCCUUCUACGCCCUGAGCAACAUUCAGGGUCUGAUGAUCCACAACCGCCGCUUGAAGAUUGGCUGGGGUAAGCACUCUGGUGCUCUUCCCCCAGCGAUCGCCUUGGCCGUCAGUGGCGGUGCUUCGCGAAACGUCUACAUCGGAAACCUGGACGAGACAUUCACGGAGGAGAGGCUGAGACAAGAUUUCUCCGAGUAUGGCGAGAUUGAGCUGGUCAACACCCUCCGGGAGAAGAGCUGCGCGUUUGUGAACUUUACCAACAUUGCCAAUGCCAUCAAGGCUAUCGAGGCUGUUCGGAGCAAGGAGGAAUACCGAAAGUUCAAGGUCAACUUCGGUAAGGAUCGCUGCGGAAACCCGCCACGACAGCUACAGCAGCAGCAGCAACAGCAACAGCAGGCCGGCUCGCCGCGUAACGAAGUUCCUGCUUCUCCAGGACAGCAACAGGCCCCGCAGAGCGGAUCACCAACCAACGAUUUAGCGGGAAACCAGCCGGCCCUGUUUAACACCCAGAGCAACCCCUUGACUGUGUACCUCAACCAGGUGUCCCAGCAGGCGCAGCAACACCAUCAGCAGCAGCACCAGGCCCUCGCUGCCCAGCAGGCUGUGCUCUUCGGAACCGCGUCGUCUUCGCCUAGCGAGAUGACGCUCCAGAUGCCAGAUGGCUCCGUCUCUGGACACGGCCAGUCUGCCAGCAUCUCCAACGGCUACGCCACGCAGAACUCCACAUCUGGUCCGACGACUAUCGGCGGGCUGCUGGCCCCUGCCAACGCCCGCGGCCAACAUAGCCGAGCGGUGAGCCUGCCUGCAUUCGGACCCGGUUUCGAGAACGGCGGCACAAGCCCCAGCAGCGUCCAGGGCAGCGUCCAUGAUGAAGGCGCCCGGCGCGGCCACCAGUACCAAGCCAGCUUCGGCGGCAUGGGCAGUGGCUACGGCCUCGCCAUCCAGGGUGGUCUCAACGGCUGGGUUGAGGAAGAGGUCGCCAACUGA